AUGGGAGAUGGGUUGGCAAGAAAUCAGUUCACCUUGCUUGAUGUGUUGCGUAUACUGUCGGGGCUGAUUUUGUUCAAUGCGCUCCUAUCAUAUACGUUCACCUCCUCCACGAUGUGGGGAUACGAAGGCAGAUAUGUGAACACAAACUAUAUUCGCCAUGUUUUAAAAGGGUCACCUCAAACAAAAUUUACGCCAAAGACACUUCUGGAGACAACUCAGCAAACAGGACAGUUGCUAUUAUCGAUUGACAGGAAGGUGUUCGAUGUUAGCAGUAACCCUGAGAUGUAUGAUCCGCAAAGCGUCUCAGCGAGAUAUUCUACAUUUGUUGGCCAGGAUUGUACUCGAAUGUUUGUCAAUGGUUGUUUUAAUGAGACAAGUCAAUGUACUUGGGAUUUGAGAAAUAUGGGAUUUGAAGAGGACUGGGUUACACAAAGAGUGGAAAGUUGGCUCAAGUUCUAUACUGAAAAUCCUCAUUACUGGCAGGUGGGCUACCUCGACGUUGGAGAAUUGGAAACACAUGAUAUACCUGAACAAUGCCUAACAGGUGUCAGUUUUCCUUUUUGA